AUGAGUGGUUUCACAACCCUUACUCCUCCCCAGUCACCGAAGUUUGAUACUCCUAGUGAGACUGUUGUCUUCGAAAAUGUGUCAGAGGACUUUUGGGGCUUUGAUGAUUUUAGUGAAACCACCGAGCGAGUUUCAAGUUGUUUUACCAACGAGGUGCUUGGUCGUGCCUUUAAAAUCUUUCUGAAUCCCGCCAUUCCCAAAAGCCAAAUCGCUUUUCCAGAGAAUUUCUCACUGCUCUGGGGCAUGAUGUCACGUUUGAAUUUCUCCUCAGGUGAUGUCAAAGGCUUUGAAAAGGGCAUCAAAGAGGCGCUAGAACUGGAGCCCUUCGACGCCAACCCACUGGAGUACUUCAUUGAAGUGCUGUUCGACAUUCUCGCCUGCGACAAGAUGGUAGGCUGCCUCGAUGGUCUCAGACCAACGGUACACAUCGUCAAUCAAGCCGGCUUCGUGGAUUUGGAGAAGCUCUGGCACGUCUAUUGGUCAGUUCUAACCGUGACAGCUCCCUUGUGCUCUGCGUUCUCCUCUCUCAUUGGUCCGGCAAAUCCGCCCAUCACGAACUCAACGCUUAAGUAUUCUACCGCCGUUUGGAUCAUUCGUAAUCAAUUCCUUGCGGACUCUGGUCCAAACGAAGAAUCGUCUCGCUAUGCGCUACGCUCGCUUCUCGAAUUGCAGAAGCUCUGGGGCCCCAGUGUCGAAGUUGAUUCGAUUACGGAAGUCACUUUUAACCGGGACGAUCAAAGUGCAGGGCUUCCCCCUUUCCUGCUCUUCGCUCAAAUUACCGUGGAGAGCUUUUUAGCCCAGCCAUCAGAGGUUCUGAGUAUAAUUCGAACUGCCCUGCCAUCACUAACGCGACAAGGUGUGACCAAUUACUUCUCACUCCUCGAACACUUGCUUGACACCGUGUUGAAACGUUCUCAGAAGGUCGUUUUUGACGUCGCAACUUUGAUCGAGUUUGUGACUUCCCUGUUUGGUGGAGUGGAUGCAGCCCAGAUGCGAUGGUGUGCAGAUUGGGAGACUGGACGUCAGUGCUCGGCACUUCGAGGUCUCCAAAGUCUCGUGGUGGUGUUGGACGCGAACCUUCCAGUUGUCGGCGCACCUGGCGGCCUGGAAUCCUCUCUGACCCAACUCCUGCAGCUCACCAGUCAAUUUCGCCAGACGCUAGUUCAAAACGUGAAGGCAGCACCGGGAACUGGCGCAGUCAACAAUCUCGCUGUCAUUGGCUGGCGAGGCGAGCUCUACUCGCUGAGCCUAUCAUUUUGCGAGGCGCUACUUACGAAGGAGGACGCUUCAGCCAAUGAGCAGCCGGGAAUGCUCUUACGUGUGCUUGAUGGCGUUCUAAUCGACGCGCUCUGCACCACAGAAAAUCGUGAGUGGUUGGGCUUCGUUUCCCGCCUCCUGCGGAUGCCAAGCCUGAAAAAUGACCCUCGUUACAAGCCUCUCACAGCCCUCAUCUGGAACGAGGUCCUUCCCAUUUUCGUGUCGCGCGGUUGCACAGUUGCACUGUGGUGGGAGGACUGUGUUGGCGUCGCACUCCACUUCCUAACUCUCUCAAUCGACACCGGUGGAAGAAGUGCUCCAGUGACCACGCAAGACCUUCUGGCGCGUUUCACGUUCACCCCCGACCUACCAUCUUCAUUCCGGCGUGGAUUCCUCAAGCGGCUGUUUGCUGACGCCGAUUUCCUGAAGUCUGCCUUGCACGCGAUGUCGGUGUCAGGCAGGCUGGACGUCGACGACGCCUGGCAAGUCUACACCAUCUGGCUGACGUACCGUCUGGUGUUGUACGACGACUGUGGACACGCUGCCACUUCGCUGACUACUGCUGAAUCCGUGAUACGUCAGUUCUUUCCCGACGACAUGUCUGACCUCCUGGCAUCAGGCGACCCUGAGAUAUCCCUCAUGCGUCUGUCUGAGCGGUUUGAAGCCUGUGAGACCUUCCAGUGUAGAAUGCAGUUCAAGGCGGUUGUGCUUCGUCACCUCUCGCCCUUGGCACAACUCCUGUGCCGCCUCAGUGAUGAACGGAGCGUCAGCACACUCGAGCUCACCUCGACGUACCGCGCAACCGCCGCACUCUUCCAGACCGCUGCUGUUCUACUGUACGCGACGGAUGGACCCUUCCACCAGCUCUUCUCACAGAUCAUGUUGCCGCCUCGGCGACAACUAUGCAAAGAGAACUCUCCCGUGCACGAGGCGAUCAAAGCCGGUCUCGCGGAGAACCUCUUGGCGGUACGUCGUCGUAGUAACAGUGGAGGACAGUCGGGUUUGAGCGGGCCCUCACGCUGCCUUCUUCCUCUUCUUCUUGUGCCUUUGCAGUUUGUCACGGGGAUCGCACAGCUGAACUACCUCACCGAUCCCUUCGUCGUUCGGCUUCUGCGUGAACUGCUUCGCUUCGUCUUCUUCGCUGUCGACACGCGUUUCGUCGCGGUAAGUUGUCCAUCGAAUCACGGGGAACUCCAGGUCAAAUUUGAGACACUACCACAUCAAUCAGAGGGCUUGAAGGCGUCUCCAUUUCCCACCUAG